AUGCUCUUCACCGAGAUAAUUAUUGAAGCCGCCCCGUCGGCUGUCCGCAAGGCUGCAGUCCCCUUCGUUUUGCUCCAAUUAGCUUAUUUCGACCAAAACACAAAUCCAAAUCAAAAGUUCCUCGAUUUUGCAGCCCUGCCCACGUAUCACACCAGCUUCUUUCAGGCCAUCACCCUCCCCGAUGGGGGGAAUCUCUCCGCGCAGCCCGGCGACCAUCUCACCUGCACCAUCGACCACAUCCCCUACCCCGCCAUCGUGGAGGUGAACGAGCCCUCCGAGUUCACUUGGCGGGGGUAUUUCGGCUGGAAUUGGAUCUUUAACGGCUUGCACAGUUUUCGGUUUGAGCCGCUGGCGGCGGCGGCUUCCGAGGAGGGGGCGCAGGAGCGAGGUCAGAGAACGCGGCUGGUGCAUUGUGAGCAGUUGGGGGGUCUUCUGGCGGGGGCGCUGGCGCUCGUGGGGAGACAGAGGAUGUUGGCGGGAUUUCAACGAUUCAAUGAGGACUUGAAGCGAUAUGUGGAGCAGCAGCAGUAG